ACUAACGUAACUGAAGUGCACAAGUAAUUAACGUUGUAAGCGCGAAAUGGCGAUUCGUUUGUUUUCCAUUUUGGGAAAUAAUGCGAAGCAGUUUCAGAAGCUGCAGUCAUCAGUUAACAGUCGUCAUUGUUCGGAUGUUCCGAAAGGGCAUUUGGCGGUUUACGUUGGAGAGUUGGAGAAGAGGAGAUAUGUGGUUCCAAUAGCGUACCUUAAUCAUCCUCGUUUCCAGAUGUUGUUAAAGAGAGCUGAGGAAGAGUUCGGGUUUGAUCAUCCCACGGGCGGCCUCACCUUGCCCUGCAAAGAAGAUGCUUUCCUUCAUCUCAUCUCACUUCUCAGCUAAUCUGCAACUCUUCUCAUCUCACCUUCUUCAAUUCAUCCUCCUCAACAACUACUAUACAUUUUAGAAUAUUUAGCUAGCUUAUUGAACUGAAGAUCAUCCUUUUCUAUUUGAUCUUCUUUUCUUUUCAUCUCUUUGUUCUUUAUCUUUUAUCUUUUUAAGAGUUGUAACAUUCACACACUAAUAUGAAAUGUAUACUACAUACAAAUUUUUAGCUUAAAUGUAUA